AUGAAUAUAGUGAAAGCCGUGGAGCAAACAGCCGUGAGCCUGUUAUUUCCGGCUUUAAUCUCACUAAAAGUUGUUAAUAGUAACGAUAGAACAUUGUUGAGGUCGUGGAUAAAAUGGUUAACUAUAUUCUUAUUGAUAAAAUCUCUAGAAGAUAGUUUCAUUUUACAUCGACUACCUUCUCCCCCGAAAGUCGCAAUGGUGCUUUUUAAGGUCUGGAUCUUUAAUCCUCUCAGUCAAAACUAUAUUCUAAUAUUCAAUCAAUUCGUACAGUCGUCAUUAUCCACACAAGACCAAAUAGAACAGAAAAUUCCAGGUCCAAGGAAACAAAUCAUUAAGAAAAAAUACAAUAGCAACAAGUUAAUAUUUGAAAACCAAUUGGAAUGGUUUUUGGAACUAACUCACUCAAUACUAUUAAAAUUCGGGAAUGCAAUGUUUGGAUUUGACAACUCUAGAUUAAGGUUCCAUCAAAGAUUAAUAAAAAACACAAUCCCAAUAAUAUAUAGCUUUUUUGAGAAUUACUACCAGAUUUUGAAAUCUACCAAAUCGGAAAUCGAGCAUUUGGACCGGAAAUACCGAAAGAAACUUCAACAAUCCUUUAAAGGGAGCAUUGAUACAACAUGUCUGAAGGGCGAGGAAGAAGCUAUCAACUCCUUCUUUAGUGACUUGAAUACUUAUGAUACAUCAAAAAAGAGUAAGGAAAAGGGGAAGAGAACAAAAAGUAAAAGACUUCUUAAGCAAUUGAACAAGAUUUCCACAAACAAUGGUAAUUCAGCGAACGUUUCACAAUUAAAGGACUCCCUGGGAUUUGAUAAGGCAAAUGCUAGCGUUGGAAGUAUCAUUGGUAAUGAUAGUAAACCAUUAGAAAAGAACCUAUAUGUUGAAUAUUUGGUAAGGAACUUCAAAGAGCGUACUAAUUUGUCACUGUUACUCAAUAUAUUAUUGUCAGUGAUUCUGUUCAUCUUGAGCUUCACCGUGAAUUUCUUUUUGUUGUUAUUCAUGAAAUUAACCGGCAGAUUGAAUAGUAAGGGACAACCGAAGACCGGCAAGAAGGUUUCAUUCGUUGAACGAGCUUUUUCGUUUUCAUCAUUAAAAGGCUCUAAAGAACCACCAUCACCAAAAUCAAAAAAUGAAAACCCUUCUACUUUAAAUAUUCCGAAAAUUAACUUGAUACCCCCAACACCGCAAUUAUUCGAGGUGUCUGAUUUACUGGCUGUAGGGCCACUUCCAAAGAUUCGCAGGCAGCAUAGCAAAUCAGUUGGGGCUGAAUCGACAUAUCUGAUUGCGGGAUUGUUAUCCGGUAAAAAAGAUACAGCUUGUGAUGCAAACAGAAGAAACUCAUUCAAAGAGUUUCUUAAAAAUCCUAAUAGGAAUAAUUUUUCCACAUUAACUAGGUUGGGAAGUAGCAGGAAUAAUAGUUUUGAAAAAUUUUCUGAAAGUUCUUUUGAUAAACUGAUUAUCGUUGGUAGGUCACGAUCUAAUAGCCACAGAAUGAACAACAGCCUCUUGGCUCCAGCAAGCAAAGUCAGCACAAUUGAAGAGAGUUCUAUUCUUGAUGAUACUGUUGAUAAAGAUUUAUUUAGCAAGUCAUUGAAUGAUAUUUCAGCCACCAAUAGACCUCCCACAGCAGCGUUUUAUAAUAAUAAUCAAUAUCCAACGCUCUUACCCCUUAACACAAGCUCAAACAUUUCAUUAGUCCAUGAUGGUGAUUUUCUAGGAUCAUCUGAGAAAGAAAUAGUAUCGUCACCAGUCAGCCUUGAUAGCACAGAUAAUAAUACUCCUGUAGGGACUCUAGUUGCUGAUCCGUUCACUGCAAUUCUCAAUGAUAAAUCAGAGAUGUAUAAGAUUAGAGAUGGGUAUAUAUCAUCAACUCUAAAAAAUGGUACUUCUGAAAAAAGGAAGAGUUUUAUGCUAUUCAAGAAAUCUCAUAACGAUGUUCCAGGCAUUGAUUUCAGUUUGGCCAAAUCUUCAAUAGAUGCCACCAGAUCUUCAACCGAUUCAAGGCGAGACAGGAAAGAGAGAAAUAGUAUUAUAGAAUUGAUAAAGGGUACAGGAUUAAGAUCAUUGUCGCCAAAUCCCCCAGAAAUAGGAAAAAUUGAUGAUAAAGUCAGCGAUGGGGAAGCAAACUCGAAAACCAAGCAACAAAAUGAUAUGAAUAUUGAUGCGUACAACAAACUCGUCGGCCGCUCCUUGUCAUCUGAUUCUCCAAAUACUCCCUAUAUUUCUACUAAAAGUUCUCCGGAAAGUAGUACGCCAAAGAAACUGUCUAACCAGUCGUUGCAUUUGAGCGGUGCUAGUACUACUGACAAUGUUUUGAGAACUCCGCCUAAAUUAAAUUUUGAAGAAGCUUCAAAGGGCAUCAAUCACAAAAGUCAUGACCGUCAACAAUCAAAUAGCUCUGUGGGAGUUAAGUUUAUUCAUUCAUUUACUCCAAAUUUGAAAAAAAUUGAAAAUAUGGCUGGCGAAAUUAGUUUGGAUUCAGAGUCUAUUGACUAUUUGUCAUAUCAACAUGAACAUAAUCCUUCCCACUUUCAGUAUUCACGGUCGCCAUUGUAUAUUGAUCAGAAUGAUGAGGUAGCGGGAACGAUUGAAAUGAAAAAUUCAAUUAGCAAAAGAAACUCAUUGAAAAAUAAAUUUAAAAGGCUUUCUAAUGGGAAAUCCAAAAGAUCUAGUAUCGACUCAUCAAGAGAGAAAAACUCUCAUACCAUUUUCAAAAAUAAAAGAAACUCAGUGAGUAGCUUUGUAGAGGAGCCUUGUACAUACUAA